AUGGAAGACAUCGAAGUCAACGAAGAACUCGACAAAAACAACCAGCCAGUGUACAUAUCAAUUGUAAUAUUUCUGCUCAAGAUAGUAUUCUUUGUAUACGAUCUGAUCGUGUUUAUUCCUUUCAAAAUAUGGGCAGAUCCAUCGCAGAAACUACGCAUGUCACAGAGAUCGAAAGCCUCACCGGUCAAAGAUGGUGAUCCCGCUUCCCCAUGGAGAAACAAUAAUGUGAAAGAAGGAGAAUUAGCAACAUGUGUAUUUGAAGGGUGCCAUACACUCGCUGAGCAGUGGAAUGAAAGUGUACGGUACGAAUAA